CCGGUAUUUCCGGCACGUGGAAAUAGCUUAAGAUCUUUCUUCCAACGUCAACUAUAUGUACGGCGGUCCUCAUCAGGCCUCCGCUGCCACACAUACAGAUCUUUCUUUGGAGUCUUUCUUUGCCCUGUUACAGCAACGAUGGCUUCUCUCAGCAACCUCAUGCCCCCACUUGACAAUGGGCUCCUGCCCGCGUAUCUGAUGUUGGUUUCCGUUCUCGCUAUCGGCAACGCCUUGCAGAACUUCACCACUCUUCACUACAGCCGGCGUAUCUACAAUGGCCUUUUCGUGUCAAACCCCGCGCUGAAGCGCAAGGAGCGUACCGAUGAAAACCCAAGGCACAACCCCGAGGACAGCAUCAACAAGCUCGUCCCUGCAUCGAGCACCGGCAAGGACGUUGAGAAGGCCAACGACCAGCUCACCCCCCUUGCAGCCCGUUUGUUUGCGGUGUGGACGCUCAUCACCGGCGUUGUGCGUCUGUAUACCGCCUACGACGUUUCCAACCCGGCUCUAUACCAGCUCUCUGUUCUUACGCACUUCCUCGCCGGUGGACACUUUCUUUCCGAGCUUCUCGUCUUCAAGACAUGCCGCCCGAGUGUUCCCGUUCUCUUCCCGAUCUUUGCCGGGUCGACUGGAUUUAUCUGGAUGACUCUGCAGUACACUCACUACGUCGGCCCUUUCACCCUGCCAUUGUUCAGGUGAUUUGAUUGAAAAGAAGACACUAUGGCGGAAGAGCGCACGCUCCAUGAAAUGAUCCUCAAAUCGUAUGGCUGAGCGCUUAGAGCGUUGGGGUUAGCACAGCAUUGUAUAAAACCACCCUUUGGUCUGAAAGUUUCAGAGCUUCGAAGCCCUAAUUAGUGUCUAAUUAUAGAGAGUUGCGGUACAGCUCUCCGCCGCAGGCCCUCAAACGAGCCGCGGCUUGUUCAGGGGUAAUGUCGCGUUGAGGCUCGGCCAAAAGCUCAUAUCCAACAAGGAACUUCUUCACGGUAGCUGAGCGAAGCAGCGGCGGGUAGAAAUGCAUGUGGAACCAGCUGCUCUCGGCCUCUUCUUCACUGCAGUCAAUGGGCGCCUGGUGUAUUCCAGAGCCUAUAGCGUGGGCGGGUCGUCAGUCACGCGCUCCUUGUCUGCAAUCACUGUGUCGCAUUGGGGUAUCUUACUGUAUGGGAAGUUUGUCUCGAACAAGUUGUCAUAUCGCCGAGUGACUUCCUGGAUGGCCUCAGCAAAAUGAAGCCUCUCGUCGGUCGACAGAUCCACCAAGGCCCGAACAUGUCGCUUCGCAAGGACCAGAACCUCGAAAGGCCAAACUGCCCACCACGGACAAACAAUCAAGAAGCUGUCGUUCUGCCAAACGACACGCUCGCCCUUCUCGAUCUCCAACUUGACGUAGUCACCAAGCAUAUGACGUCCAUGUUCCCGACGGUACUUGGACAUUUGAUCCAAUUCCUUGCCUGGUUCCUCUGGCAAGCUCGACGUCGUCCAUAUUUGACAAUGGGGGUGGGGGUUCGAGCAACCCAUCGCAGCUCCCUUGUUCUCAAAUAUCGUCAUGUAUCGUAGUUGUUGCGAUGGCUGCGACAUUUGGCACUCGGGGACUAUCGAGAGUUUCUGACGCACGGUAGCGGCAGCCGUACCCAAGGGGCUAGUCGGACAAACGUGCGAGGCGUAGAGAUCCGUCCAGAGAUCAAUUACGGGGACGAUUUCUUGGGGCUUCAUGUCGGCCAGGGUGACAUUGUGCACGGCCGAGAAUGUCAACACAUAGCAACGGCCAGUGGCAGCGUCCGCCUUGAGGAGGAGCGAGGCAACAUCUGAACAACCCAGCAAUCUUAGCAUUAAUCACUCAACAACCACAUCUUGUAUGGCAGAUCCUCACCAUCGGUCUUUUCCUCUGGCGCAUAGUGUGCCUGUGUCUCCUUGACGGCGCUGUAGUCGUUGACAAAGACAAAUGUCUUCUCGUAUUUCGGGUUGCUGUCGCCCUGGGCGCGUGUAUUCCCUGGGCAGAGAUAGCAAGACGGGUCAUACUGUGGAAGCUCGCUCUUGGAAGGCGCUUCCUGCUGACCUUGCCAGGGUCGUUUUGUGCGAUGCGGCGAGACGAGGAGCCAUGUGCCAGUCAAAGGAUUGUACCUCCGAUGGGAGAUGUCGUCAAGAAUCUUGUCAGGCAUCUUGAUCGCGUAUGUGAGGUGUCCAGAUUGACGUAUCCAGAGGCUCAGAGCCGAGUAGAAAUUACAACAAUUCUACGAAAUUGCAAUACAUUGGACCAUGGAUCAAAGUGGGCUGGAUGUUGUUUACCAUGUGAGCAGCCAUGCGGGGGAAGUGAGGUCGACCCCACCCUUCCUGACUUGUUACAUCAUUGCCUUGAUACUUUAUUGUUUAUCUUGACUGUGGGGAGGAUUGUUGCGGCUGAAGUAUAUUUGUGCCUGACUUCAAUAGUCGUCGCAUCUGUAGCUAAACGCAUGACUUGGGGUAAAAAAAAAUGCCCGGCAAAAUAGCGGGAAAAUCACAUUCAGCCAAAUAAUCCCGUUGAUUUCUUGCAAGUGUGAAAGCCUAGGAAACAAGGUAGACAUUGGGUUCC